AUGGUGAUACAAAGUUUCAGGUUGUUGUGCUCAACCCACGUUGAGUUAACCACCUUUAAAGCUAACCUGGACUCUUUCUCUCUCUCUCUCUGUUUUGUCUUUUUCGUUUUUUCUGUUUGUUCCAACAGGUUGUUGUUGUUGUUGCUACCCCUCCUGUACGAAAAAGGGGGUGGGAAUUUCCUGAUCUCUCUCUCUCUCUCUCUCUCUGAAUCCCUCUCUCUCUCUCUCUCUCUCUCUCUCUCUCUCUCUCUCUCUCUCUCUCUCUCUCUCUCUCUCUCUCUCUCUCUCUCUCUCUCUCUCACUACACACACACUCACUGUCAAAUUUAUUUUUCUGCCAUCCAGAGUGCUGGGGAUUUGGCGCAAUCUGUUCCUGUGGCUCUGGGUCAAUGAGAUGCUGGCCGUGUUUCAACUUCACGCACAAUGCAAGUACAAGGCUGCCAAGCGUUUGCGCGCCGAGUUUGAUGCCUAUCAGAAACGCUACUUUGAGAAGAAUCCUGACGAGGAAGAUGAACUCACCCUCGAGACCGCUUUGCUGGAGCCUGAUAGCGGCAAAUUGGCCCAGCUCAAGCAGCUAGCUGAUGAUGAGCAAGAAGACAAUGCUUUGGAACAAGAGCGUCGCGCUCGCGACCCGGUCAUGUACGGUCAGGUGGUCCAAGUAUUCCACCGUGACUUGGAACGCUACCUCACCGUCUCGUCCACCGUCACCACGGAGGUUGAGAAAAACAACAUGCGGAUUGAGGUCGACCCCUACACCUCACGUCACGCCUGGUUUAAGAUUAUGCCUCGCUUCAAGGUCCGCUCUGAAGGCGAGCCCGUCCGCAUGGGCGAUCAAAUCAUGCUCGAGUCCAUCAAGACCACGGGCCAAUUUGUGCACGUGACUUCCCAGAGCCUGCCCGACACGUCCAUGACCCCUGGCUCUCGCGAAGUCAACGUGUCCGUCACCCCAACCUCCUUUACCCUGCUUCCCCACCAUCGCCCCCUCCGCGCCUCGGAUGUGUCUGCCGAGUCGGAUGGCACCGUGCACCUUCCUCUUCGCUCUGGUGACCUGAUCCAACUCUUCCACAAGGAAGUGUCCGCCUACCUGGCUGCGGAAGGCUACUUUUAUACAGACCAGCUAGUCCUCGACGCCCAUCUCCGCGUCCGCGAGCCCGACGCUCGCCGCCCCCAUCGCCUCGAGCCACCAACCAGUGCCGUCUCGUUUUGGAUGGUCGAGCAUGCCACCACCCCAACCAUGGGCAAUAUCAUCGAGUGGGACGAUGUCGUCCGUUUCAAGCAUAGUGUCUCCGGUCGCUAUUUGACAAUGAACGCCGAUGGCUCCGUGUCCCUCUCCAAUGUUUCCGGUGAAUUUGGAUUUGACGGCGAUGAGCGCAACUUUGUCAUGACCACGGUCAUUCCCGAGCGUCGCGAGAUUACCCUCAACUCUUAUACCCGUAUCAAGAACGUUGUGCACAAUCAUUGGCUGCAUGCCAACAAGGACGUCUACUUGGAUCGUCCCACUCAGGCCAUCUACGCCGACGACUCGCUUCGCACGCCCUUGUCCGAGCGCAUGAACAGCAUCAAGUGGGACAAUGCUCCACUCAUGCAACUGGCGGGCUUGCCCCAGCGCCGCUUUGAUGACGCUUUUAUCAUUCAGGGCGUAUCCCGCGACGUGUGCUCCUUUGUCGCCCACGUCAAAGCCAUGAUUCCCAUCUUUCGCUUUGCCACGGCCCAGAUCCAGGGCGGCCGCCCCACCCUGCUCUUCUACCAGCGCCUGACGCUGGCCCUUGAGGAGUUUGUGGCUUUCCUCAGGCCCAAUGGCAUCCACGAUCGUCGCCGCCAAAAGCUCCUCCGCAACUUUGGCAUCGUCGAACUUUGCGUCGAGUUGCUUCAGGCCCCGAUCGCACCCUUCCAUCGUGGCCCCAACGGCCGCAGCAUGAAGCAGGUCAAGCAGGAUGCUGCCCUCAUCCGUGUUAUGGAGGAGUGCUACGAGCUGCUGGAGAGCUACGCCACUGGCAACUCUCGCAAAAACGAGCUGUACCUCGUGCGCCACCUCAGCUUCUUCCACCAGCAAAUGGGUUACAACUGCGGUUCGGAGAAGAUGAUUACCGAACUCAUUCGCGACAACGCCAAGAUUGUCGAGAACAUCUCCGAAACUGAGGUCGAUUUUUACAUCUCCCUCCUAGCCUCCAACGGUGAUAAGGACUACUUUGAUGUCUUUGGCGUGCUUUGCAAUGUUGAGGGCGCGGCCGACGGCGGCAACCAGAGCCUCAUCGUUCAGAAGCUGCUUAUCGAUCGGGCCGACCUGCUUUAUACCACUCGACUCGAUAAGCAGGCCAAUGAUAUGGUCAUCAUGGUUCCGAACCGGGGUUCCUACACAUUCACCCAAGCCUGGAAGCAGCGACACUCCAACGAAGCCAUGGGCGAGAUCAUGGAGUUUUUGGAGAAGCAACUGGACAUGUUCUCUGAGCUCUGCUAUCAGCGCUGUGCCAAGGCCAUCGACUGCAUCUCCCAAAAUUACCUGGACUGGGAGCAGAUCUUCUGGUGCGUGCAGAACAUCAAGGACCCGGAUUUGCGCCGCAUGUACGUCGACCUCAUGCGUGUCCUCUACGUUGACAUCAACCCCAACGUCGACGUGCUUGAUGGCGUCGCCCUCCUUUUCCCCUACAAGCGGCUGACAGCCGACCCUUUCGUGGAUGCAACCUCCGACAACACGCGCUCCAUCACGGGCACCACCAUGUCUUACUUUCCCGAGCUCAGCCGCUGGAUCAUCAACAUCCUCUCAAAGGACAAAGGCGCCAUCUCAGCUGCGGAUGACGAAGAGAACGAGUUUACCGAAGCCGUCCUGGAGCUUACCCGCUACCUCGUCGAAUUUGGGUAUUUCAUCUCCGAUGACGACAUUGAGAGCCUCAUGACGCCCUUGCGCCGCAUCCUUCAGGGCUCGAAUGACGUCCCCUCGCGCCCCGAGGGCCAGCGCUCACAGACAAUGGCUCCCGGCAAGAAGCGAUUCCGCACGCAGUCUCGCGUCCCCGUACUACCGGACAGCUACGAACUCAAGUGCCAGCAAUUUCGCGCUGAAGGCCGCUUCGAGCUCAACCCGAAGAACAAAGUGGUGAUUCGCGUCAAGCUCAAAGCCCUCGAGAUCGUGGACACGCUUGUCAAUCUCUGCCUCAACAUGCGUCUUCACCAGUUUCUUUUCGACUUCCGCCAGUUGAACGAGGUGAACGAGCCCAACCGCCGCAAUACGCGCCAAACCCGAUCGGGCAAACCCCUUCUGGCUCGUGAGAUGCGCAGCGGUCCCACCAUGACCUUGGAGCAAAUGCAGGCCCUCAAGGCCCUCAUGGACGGUGAUAUCGAUCCCACGCAGCUCACUUCCGUCGUGCGUGCCUAUAUUGAUGAGGUUAUUGACCGCAGUAAUUACAUCGCGCCCGGCUGGCGUCCCCAGCAGUCACGCGAUCGCCAGGGCUCGAAUGACUCGGACUUUGCCGAGAUUCUCCUGGACCUUGCCAAGUAUCCCUCCAGCAAGCUCGCUUGCAAGGCUCUGCAGCUGAUGAACCGCGUCUUCUCGGCUGCCGAUGACCUCUUCAACAAGGCUGUCGAUGCCCAAUUGCUUUUGGAUGAAGGCUCCAUUGCUUUUGAGAAGGAGCUUCGCGAGCGCAUCAUGCCUGACCUGCGUCGAGUUGGUGGUGCUCAAAUCGAAGAGGGCGAGGAGGCCGCCGAUUUUUGCGAGCUUUUGGACAAGCUUGUGCGUGCUUGCGACCUGGACGCACGCUUCCCCCACAGCAUCAACCAGCAAAUCAUCGUCAACAACGAUGUGCUCCCCGUCAUCUUUGACACGCUCAACGCCGAGGAUCAACCUUCGGAAGUGGUGGCCGGCUGCUUCCGGCUGCUCCGGGCCCUGAGUCGCAACAACCCCUUCGUGCAAAGCGAGUUUUUUGACCGUCUGGAUCAGCUCCUCACCAUUGAGAAUGAGGGUGACACGUGGCAAGACGACAUGGCCGUGGCCGUGUACGAGAUCUUUGCAGACAACGAGAAGCUGAGCUUGGCUCUGCGUCCGCGUCAGAUUGAAAAGUUGAUGAGCUACAUUCACACUCUCAACUUUAAGGCCCCACAGUUGCUCGUGACCACGCGCUCCAUCGUCAAGUGCGAGGAGCUGGACGUGCCCCUUGAUCGCAAUCAGAACCUUGUGAUGAAGUUUCUCAUGAAGAACUACGACUCGGUCAUUGCCCCUGCCAACAUCUCCGUUCAGGCCGACCCCAGCGUAGUGGAAGCGCGCAUGCAAUUGCUGCGUUCCAAGGACCCGGCCAAACUUGGCGAAAAGCAGUUCCACGCCUACUUGGUGGGCUUGAUUGCCCACUGCGCUGAGGGAUACAACCGCUUCAUCGAGUCCACCUGCAUGACACUGCUGUCUUUUGAGGACAUUCUCGCUGUGGUGGCCGAUCCCCACAUUCCCUUUUGGAUCAAGUCUGAGUAUGUACUCUUCUUCUACUUUGUAUACUUGGAGACGGCUGCGCAGGAAAUCGAGACUGGCAUGGGCAACAUUGCAUCUAAUAUUCGUCUUUGGACAGCCCUCCUUGACCUGGCCAAGUCGGUGCUCAACUCAGCCUUCAACAGCCCCGAACCUUACCUGGCGCCCGAGGUGGAGCGCUGCGUUUUCGACGCCUUCCUGCCGACUUUGACGCACAUGGUCAAGCACCAUACAAGCAAGAUGGAUGAACGCAUCCAGGCGCCCCUGCGCCAGAUGCAUGGCAUCAUUCAGCAGCUAGCCACCCGCGCUGCCGACCGCUUGUAUACCAAGGAAAUGGCCUUUGAGCUGUCCUCAUGCUUGGUGGCCUUUGACAUGUCCAGCCUUGGGCUGGCUACCAGCAGUGACCUGCUGAAUCGCCUUGAUCGCCGCAUGCAGGUGCUGCAAGGCGACGUGGCCAUGAGCACAGCGUAUCAGCAGUACGAGGAUCGCUUCCGUGCCCAACUGCACUUGAAUGAAGCACUCAAUAAAUUCGUCAAGCGCGUGCGUGAGGCGUUUGGCGGCGCCAACUUGGUGGCCGUGCAAAUUCCCCAUCACACCACGGACAGCGAGAUUCUGGCCCGUGACUACUGUGAGGGCGAGGAAGACGACGAGUACUUGCCCCUCGGCCCCGAAUUCCAAAUCUUUGUGGACAUGUUUGCUCGGUAUCAAGUGGUAUCGGGCGUGAAGCAGCUCGUGGGCAUUCGCGAGGAUGACGUCCGCUCCUUGGUGCGCUCGCUGAUGGCCUCGCAGCGCUACUCGGCGGGCAUGGAUGCGAAGGAUGCUGAUAGCCAAGAGGUCCUAGACAUCCGCUCCCUGCAGCUCCUGCGCGCCCUGAUCCAUAACCAGAUCAAGGUGGACGCCGAAGUUGUGGAUAUUCAAAAUGACAUCGCUGGCGCCGGUGCCGUGCUGCCCGUAGCCUCACUGCUCUCCCACAGCAACGACGAGGUGGUGCGUGAGUCCCUCGCCCUGCUUGUGGCACUCCUUGAUGGCGGCAACAAGGCUGCCCAACAAAGCUUCUUGCAGCACUUCCUCGCCACGCGUGAAGAGACUUUCUUCUACGAUGACCAAGGCAACAUCGAGCUCGUGCUGCGGGUGCUGCAGUUUAUGUGUGAGGGCCACUUCCGCCCCAUCCAGGACUACCUGCGUUUGCAGCCGGACAACGCACGAAAGAUCAACCUUGUUGCCGCGACGGUCGAGUUUUUGCACGUACUCUCAGAGGACUUGGAGGCCGACGACCGCCUGGACCUGGUCGUCCAGACUGUCGAGACUUGCGUCGAGUUUUGUCAGGGUUGCAUUGGCAACCAAAAGGCUGUCUUUGAUGCUCGCGUGGUUGAUGACAUCAACUUUAUCCUGCGCUCGCCUGAACUGCACAACGUGGCCUCGGACCCUGAUGUACCGGAUGCCGAGCGACCCAUCAUGGAGGAGAAGGUGGCUCAUUUGUAUUUGGCCACGGCCAACCUUGUGUUGUCCAUGCUGGAAAACUCGGAUGACGAGACGGCCGAACUGGCCCUGGAAAUUCACGACACGCUCGAUCACAAGCGUAUCCUUGAAACCAUGUUCCGCUACUAUGCCCUCAUGGACGCGCGUGGGGACAAGAACUGGCAGACGGAAGACGAUGACGACCCCGUGACGGCUUCACAGGUGGCCUACGCCAUGUUUGCCGUCAUCAUUCGCCUGCAGGACUUUACUAAGAAGGACUACAUGGAGCUGACGAGUGGCACUAGCUCGUUUAAGCGCUUGGUCGCUGACCCAGCUGCCUGCUUUGAGACAAUGCGCUCUCAGGUGGUGUCCAUUGAAAUCCUUCGCGAUAAUCAACUCCAUCGCGUUCACUUUUUCAACCGAUGGAAGAGCGAUAUCCGCCCAGAAAUCAAGGAGCAUUUGCAGCAAAAUGUCGACCGUAGCUCGCCUUCGGACAAGCUCCAGGACUUUGUCGCGCGCUGCAAGGACAUCAUCGCAGAUAUUUCCUAUCAAAAGCGAAUGCAGGAGUUUAGCUUUAUCACCUGGUUUAUCAGCCAUUACAGUCGCUGGUGGGCUCAUCUGAUGCUGCUGUUGACCCUGGUUCUCAACGUGAUCAUUCUUGCUGUAUGGCGGGCCCCCGUCAGCUGGGAUGACCCUGUUCCAGAGUACAGUGUCGGUUGGUAUACGGACGUUUUGGGUGUCCUGGGCGCCUUCCACAUCAUCUUUUCCAGCUUGGUUGCCAUUGCCUUCUUCCUGCUGCACCCACCGUCCCUGUCCGCCUUGGUGACUGACACUUUUGGUGAUGUGGAGACGAUUGAGGAUUAUCCUUCCUGGAUUGCCGAGCCUCUGAAAAAGCUGGUGUCCGACGAACCGGGCUCGCGAAACUCGCCCAUUAGCCUCUCUUCGCUGUACCAUAUUGGCUUGGUCUUGUUCUCCAUCCUGGGCUUGGCCUACCACGGCUAUUUCUACUGUUAUGCCUUCUUCCACAUUGUGGUGGGCAAUGACAUUCUGCUCCGCGUGAUUCAGGCUGUGACCAAGAACAGCAAGUCCUUGCUUUGGCUGGCGGCCUUGAUGGUCAUCGUGAUCUACAUCUACAGCCUGGUGUCGUUUGCCUUCUUGCGUAAGGCCUUUGAUGAAUCAGAGGGUGCCUUUUGCCAGACGGCUUUCCAGUGCUUUAUCACCAGCCUGCGCCUUGGCCUGAUGUCGGGUGGCGGUUUGGGUGAAGCCCUACCUGGCGAGACGUUCAGCUUUAUCGAACCUGGCGUGCGUACGCUGUUUGACCUUAGCUUUUUCAUCAUCGUGACGAUUAUCGGCUUGAACCUUGUCUUCGGUGUUAUCGUUGAUACGUUCAGCGAGCUCCGCGACGAGGCUCAUGAGAUUGCCGAGGCUCGCAAAACUGAGUGCUUCAUUUCUGGCCUCAAGGCCGAUGAGUUUGAGCGCUAUGGCAAUGGGUUCAAGCACCACAUUAACCACGAACAAAACAUGUGGCACUACCUAGCCUUCUUCCUGCAUCUGGCGGACAAGCCCCGCACCGAGUACACGAGCCACGAGCAGUAUGUCGCGGACCACUUUGAAGCAGAUGAGAUCACUUUCUUCCCCCAGAAUCGUGCCAUGUGUGUGACACGUGAUGAUGAGGCUGGGGUGGAAGAUCGCCUGGGGUCGCUCGAGGCCAAAUUGGCACAGAUCAUGGACUUGCUUGAGCGCGAAACCGAGGAGCGGGCUGCCUCUCGCAAGCGAGGUCUGCAACGCUCCGUGACCUCGGCUGAUGAGUAGGCCCAGAUCACGCGACACAGCAUGGUGCUAUGAGCAGCCCUCAUACUUUAUGUUUCUCUUCGGUUUCCUUUUUUCGGUUGCGAGUUGUUUCCCUCUUGCUGUUUUUGUUUUUUGCACGCGCUUGUCGGCUGCUGCUUUUGUUUCUUGGCGUGGCUUUUCGCGCAUUCGUCGAGGCCACAGCGUCUCCGCGCCGUUCACCCGACUCGAAUGCCUUCAGCCCAGGCGCACACCC